AUGGAAACGCACAUCUCGUGCCUGUUCCCCGAGCUGCUGGCCAUGAUCUUCGGGUACCUGGAGGUGCGGGACAAGGGCCGCGCGGCGCAGGUGUGCACGGCCUGGCGGGACGCCGCCUACCACCGCUCGGUCUGGCGGGGCGUGGAGGCCAAGCUGCACCUGCGCCGCGCCAACCCCUCGCUCUUCCCCAGCCUGGCGGCGCGGGGCAUCCGGCGGGUGCAGAUCCUGUCGCUGCGGCGCAGCCUGAGCUACGUGAUCCAGGGCAUGGCGGACAUCGAGAGCCUCAACCUCAGCGGCUGCUACAACCUCACCGACAACGGGCUGGGCCACGCCUUCGUGGCGGAGAUCAGCUCUCUGCGCUCGCUCAACCUGAGCCUCUGCAAGCAGAUCACGGACAGCAGCCUGGGCCGCAUCGCCCAGUACCUCAAGGGCCUGGAGGUGCUCGAGCUGGGGGGCUGCAGCAACAUCACCAACACCGGCCUCCUCCUCAUUGCCUGGGGCCUGCAGCGCCUCAAGAGCCUCAACCUGCGCUCCUGCCGGCACCUCUCCGACGUGGGCAUCGGGCACCUGGCGGGCAUGACGCGCAGCGCGGCCGAGGGCUGCCUGGGCCUGGAGCAGCUCACGCUGCAGGACUGCCAGAAGCUCAGCGACCUCUCGCUCAAGCACCUGGCCCGCGGGCUGGGCCGCCUCCGCCAGCUCAACCUCAGCUUCUGCGGGGGCAUCUCGGACGCGGGGCUGCUGCACCUGUCGCACAUGAGCAGCCUGCGCAGCCUCAACCUGCGCUCCUGCGACAACAUCAGCGACACGGGCAUCAUGCAUCUGGCCAUGGGCAGCCUGCGGCUGUCUGGCCUCGACGUCUCCUUCUGCGACAAGGUGGGGGACCAGAGCCUAGCCUAUAUCGCACAGGGCCUGGAUGGGCUGCGCUCCCUCUCCCUCUGCUCCUGCCACAUUAGCGAUGAGGGCAUCAACCGCAUGGUGCGGCAGAUGCACGGGCUCCGCACCCUCAACAUUGGCCAGUGCGUCCGCAUCACUGACAAGGGCCUGGAGCUCAUUGCUGAACACCUCAGCCAGCUCACGGGCAUCGAUCUCUAUGGCUGCACCCGCAUUACCAAGCGGGGCUUGGAGCGCAUCACCCAGCUGCCCUGCCUCAAGGUGCUCAACCUGGGACUUUGGGAAAUGACUGAGAGCGAGAAGGUCAGGUGAGAGGAGGGGGGCGCCCCGAGACCUCCAUCUCCUCUGGAGGGACUCACUCACUGACAGACUGAUUGCUGCAAUGGAGGAGAGAAAGAGAGAGAGGGGCACGCACAGAGCCAUGCUACCCAUGCACCCUGGCACCAGAGGGAGGAACAUAGAGAAAGAGAGUAUAUUCUCAACUCUUCUGUGCUGCCUACCUACCCUUGCUCUGGAGGAGGAGGAAGAAGGGGGGCAGAAGGAGAGAG